UUCAGUUUGUUCCAAUAUGUCGACCAUCAAAAAGUGGCUGAAAGUAGUAUUCUCCGAGGAAUUUAGUAUCCACAGCUUGUCACUGAAGUUUCCAAAUGCCGAGUUGUUUUCAGAAUCACCGUGGUUCCCACCGGCGUUAUUCAUCAUUUACCGUCUCGUGUUGACGUCAUGCUGUGUGAUCUUCACAAUGGAAAGUAUUCUCAGCACUCCCAGUUAUCUGUGGCUGUUGCAGUUGGACAACUGGAGUAUUUCCGCAGUUUGUCUGUAUUUCGUCCUUUCCACUCUACUCCUCGUUUACCACACAAUUAAAACUUGGAAAGAUGACAAAAGAAGAGAAGAGGAGGAGAAAGCGAAACACGAGCACCACACGGAAAAGAGCCACUUGGCAGAGGAGGAACUGGGUGCAAGCGAAACAGACCUGCUUUGGGCGGCAAGCGAAGAUGGAGAGUCACACCAGGUAGAUUAUCACGAAGACAAACUUCCCUGUUACCACAAAGUAGUGUGGCUUUUGCAAACCAUGGCGGGAAAUAGCAUAUUGGUGGUCUCAUUUUGCUACCUGGUUCUGGAGGGGCAAUUGAACUCUUUAGUCCUUGCCAUGUACUUUACAUUCACUGCCUUCAUGAUCAUUGAGGCAAUAUUCAGCUUCGCACCAAUCAGGUUGCUGCAUGUUGUUUAUUCAUACAUUUUUACGCUAGCAUACGUCCUUGUUGUUGUUUUAUUUUACUUCAUAAUUACUGAUCCUAACAAUGCGCCUGAUGACCUGCCUCGAUUUGUAAAUAGGAUCCAUGAUCCAUUUUCUUCUGCAAUGGUAUUUCUCAUUCUAAUAAUUGGACAGCCUUUAUUUCAGUUGCUGUACUUUGCUAUCCAUAAACUUAAAUGCUUCGUGUAUAUUAAGUAUUACGGUUACUAAAUCAAUUGUUUUGUUCACUUAGAGGAUGAAAUACUAUGUUCGGCCUGUUUUGCCAUAGAUCAAGUAGUAUUUUUAUAUAUACAGAUCGUUAGAGUAAUGAAAUUAAAUAAAAGAUAGAUUAACUUUUAUUUCAUCGAUAUCUUCAUAUUAAAACAAUCUCAAAAUAAUAGUAUUUUGAUAGGAUUUUAUGAAAAGCAAAACCAAAACAAGCAAACGAACAAGCAAACAAAAACUUAAACACAAAGAAAUUUCCUCUGUCAACCACUAGUUCCAAGGUACAAUUGAAUAAUGGAAUCCCGUGAAUUGGAGCUCUUAUUGUUUCGAACCUUUCUAUUAUUCGAAGUAACUUUUUGCUCCUUUGGCAAACCAACAACAACAACGACAACAACAUAGGGUGAAAAUUCGAACCUUCCGAUUUUUUUCGAACCAGUUUCCAUUGUUUCCAAAAAUAGGUCUUCUACUGUACUUUAAUUAAGUGGAGAGAUACAGAUGUCCUUGAACUAAACCGAACCCUAUAACAGGCAAAUAAUGCCAUUUUAUUUCAUAGAAUAACUGAGCUACUACGCGCUCUCUCAUUGGCCGAUAGGUGUGUCUGUAUGAAAGUAUGUAAACACGGUUGUGACGUUUUAGAUUCGCGUGUAGUUUAGAGAAAUAUUUGAUAAAAGCAGUAGAGGACUAUUUUCCGCUUUUACAUAGCUUCAUCUAAACACUCGGGUGGUUGGGAGAAUUCUCGAAAGUUAUCCAAACUCUCGACUGCGUCUCUGGUUUGAAUAACUGUCUCGAAUUCUCCUAAACUCCGCCCCCUCCCCCUCCCCAUCGUGUAUGGAAGAGGCCAUGUAAAUGCGGAAAAAAAUAAUCUAUUGCUUAAAUAGAUAGUGCAACUGUAAAUAUAGGAUCCGAACCAGAUUCAUGUGCUGUAUUUGAUCGCGUUUCGUAAGGCUGGACCAAAAUUGCUGGCCUGAAGUAAGACGAAAAACGGUUUCUUCUUGAUAGAAAACAAUUUUCUGUUGUACCUUAAAAACAUUAUAUCUUCGUAAGCGUAUUGUAGCCUGCAGAACAGACGGAUUAGCGGGGCAGUGAGCGAGACGCGAUACACGAGCGCGAAGCGCGAGACGAAAAACGCUUCGCGCUCGUGAUCGCGUUCCGCGCUCGUGUAUCGCAUUUCGCUCUCUACCCCGCCAUUCCGUUUCUGCAGGCUAGCGUAUUAUAAAACUGAGACCUGGAAAUGCUAUUUUUCUGCACGGACUUAUUUGUAGUACAAUAACAAGAGGUUGUGAAACUUU